AUGUGUCAUCAGUGAUGAUUGAUGUGUCUUCUUUCAACUUGUUCCCCAAUUAACGGCACCGUUAAAACACCUUCUUUAACAAAACCAAAACCGAGUAAACGCCGUUAAACUCCGUCAAAGUCUUCAUUCAACGCUCUACUAUAACAAAAUUCCCACGUCUACUACACAAUCUUCUUCACCCUACCAAAUUAUCUCCAAUUUCUCACCUUCAAUUCGCCGGAAAACUCGCCGGAACCAUUCAAUAAGUCACUUUCGAUCUCUUUUCACCUUAUUAUCCAUUUUCCGAUCAUCCAUUUCGUCUUUGGUUCUUGUUUCUCCGUUGAUUUUUCUCUGCCUUCGAAUCUUUUUUCUCUAUUUAAGGUAUUUUCUUUUCUUUUCCUUCAAACCCAAUUUCGGAAACCCUAAUUUCCCAUUUCCCAAAGCUUCUAGCUUUGCUUUUUUGAAUGGCCCAUAUUCCAGAAAAUUCAUAUAUGGGCCAAAUUAUGAAUUUCUAGGGCUUUGGGAAAUUUUGAUUUAUUUUCUAUUUUUUCUGGAUUUGUACAGUUUUCGAUCUGUGAAAGAGGAACACAGAUUGUAUAUAAAGAUGGGUUUGUGAAAUUCUUGGUAAAUUAUCUUUUAAUAUUUUUUUGUUUAGAGGAUUUAUAUAUAGUUUUUAUUUUUGGACUUUAGGGUUUAAUAAUUUUGAUUUAGUAAAAGAUGUCUUCAGCUGGUGUAAUUGCAAUUAGUCCUAUUUGUAACGAGUCUAUGUUUAUUCCUUCAUAUUUACAUAGCCAAGAAUCGAUUUUGAUAUACGUGGCUAUGUCGGGGUCAAUGGUACCACUGAGGGUUCUUGAAUAUGAUUCGAUUGACUCUGUGAAGCUUCAGAUUCAGACCUGUAAAGGGUUUGUUGUGAAAAAUCAAAAAUUGGUAUGUGGGGGUCGGGAAUUGGCCCGAAGCAAUUCCCUUAUUAGGGAUUAUGGAGUUGGUGAUGGAAAUGUGUUGCAUUUGGUACUUAGGUUGUCUGAUCUUCAGGUUAUCAACGUGAAAACUGCUUCUGGUGAACAGUUUACGUUUAAUGUGGAUAGGAGCAGGGAUGUUAGAUAUGUGAAGCGUCAAAUUGCGAAAAAGAAGGGUGCUUUAGGAGAUGUUGAUGAGCAAGAAGUGCUUUGCAAUGGCGAGAGACUUGAAGAUCAAAGGCUUAUAAAUGAUAUCUGCAAGAACAAUGGUGCUGUCAUUCAUUUGUUUGUGAGAAAAUCUGCAAAAAUUAGAGCAAGACCGGUGGAUAAGAACUUUGAGUUGUCUAUUGUGGCACCACAAGUGAAUGACGAGGUUAAAGAGAGCAGGAGUGGGAAUGAAGUAGACAAUAAGCUUUUGGCUCUUAGGGAGCCUCCUGAUAGGGCAAGCAUUUUGGAGCCUAUCAUUGUUAACCCAAAGAUUGAAGUGCCUUUGGUGAUUAGUGAUUUGAUUGGUUCUACAGUUGAAGGGUUAGAUAGCGGACAUUAUCCUAUUAGGUCCUCUGAAGGCACAGGAGGAGCGUACUUUAUGCUUGAUGCCACAGGAAGUAAGAAGGUUUCGGUGUUUAAACCUAUUGAUGAGGAGCCUAUGGCUGUGAAUAACCCGCGAGGGCUACCUUUGUCAGUUGAUGGUGAGGGCUUGAAGAAAGGUACAAGAGUUGGAGAAGGUGCUUUAAGGGAAUGUGCUGCCUACCUUUUGGAUCAUCCAAAAAGUGGUAAGCGUUCAUUUUUCGGUGAAGCACAGGGUUUUGCUGGUGUUCCACCAACUGUCUUUGUGAGGUGUUUCCAUAGUGGAUUCAAUCACUCAGAUGGUAUCACCCCAAAGAUUGGGUCCUUGCAAAAGUUCAUGGAGAACAGCGGGAGUUGUGAGGACAUGGGACCUAGCGCAUUUCCUGUGGGGGAAGUACAUAAGAUUGCAGUGCUUGAUAUGAGGAUGGCGAAUGCAGAUAGGCAUGCAGGAAAUAUACUGAUGAGCAAAGGUGAAGAUGGGCAGAUUGUCCUCAUUCCAAUUGAUCAUGGUUACUGCUUGCCUGAGAGUUUUGAAGAUGUUACUUUUGAUUGGUUGUAUUGGCCACAAGCUCGUCAGCCAUUUAGCUCCGAAACUAUUGAGUACAUAAAAUCACUUGAUGUGGAAGAAGACAUUGCCUUGUUGAAGUUUUAUGGGUGGGACCUGCCUUUGGAAAGUGCACGCACACUCCGCAUCUCUACAAUGCUUUUGAAGAAAGGUGUAGAGAGGGGUCUCACGCCGUUUACCAUAGGGAACAUCAUGUGCCGGGAAACCUUGAACAAAGAAUCUGUGCUUGAGGAGAUUGUUCGAGAGGCACUGGACUCUGUGCUUCCUGGCUCAAGUGAAGAUGCAUUCCUUGAGACCAUCUCGCAUGUCAUGGAUCGCCGCCUUGAUGAAAUUGCCUAUUGAUAUGGUAUAUAGGUGUACAUAGGAGGGGAGAGUCUGCAGACACCUUUCGUCUGCAUGCAUCAACUUCGAGAGAAUAUCCUGAUUCAUUGUUUUCAAUUGAUUUUCGCAGUUAACUGGAAAUGGCCUAGAUAGGUUGUGACCAAGUUCUUUAUCUUAGUCAAUUGUCCAAAUACUGUAAAGUUCGUUUGUUGUUCAUCUUUCUAUGCUGGAUUAACUUGAAGGAACAAUAUCCUUUUCCUCAAA